AUGGCAGAUCAAGCUCGUGUACUCCAAAUAACCAAGGAUAUUUUUUCCUUCGCAGACACUGACGGCUCAGGUGCUCUCGAUAAAGAAGAAUUCAAGGCUGCAAUUGCAAAAAUGAUUGCAGAUCAUGGAAUGGGAGCCCUCACCGAAGACCAAAUGGACCAAGAGUUUUCAGGCCUCGACGUUGACGGCAGUGGAACUGUGGAUGAAGACGAGCUUCAAGCAUUUGUUGCUAAGCUCUUAUCAGCUGCAGCUUAA